AUGGGUCUUCUCGAUAUCGUUCCUGCUGGCGUUCUUACUGGCGAUAAUGUCAGAAAGCUUUUUAACUACGCUCGUGAACACAAGUUUGCUAUUCCUGCCAUCAACUGUACUUCCACAAGCACCGUCAAUGCUGCUCUUGAAGCUGCCAAGAAGAACGGAUCCCCCAUCAUCAUCCAAUUCUCCAACGGUGGUUCUGCUUUCUUUGCUGGUAAGGGUAUUGAUAACAAGAACCAAGAAGCUUCUAUUCUCGGCGCCGUCGCUGGUGCUCAAUAUGUCCGUGCUGUUGCCAAGGCUUAUGGUGUCCCCGUCUUGGUUCACUCUGAUCACUGUGCAAAGAAGUUGCUCCCUUGGUUCGAUGGUAUGCUCGCUGCUGAUGAAGCCUACUUCAAGGCUCAUGGUGAGCCUCUAUUCUCUUCUCACAUGCUCGAUCUUUCUGAAGAACCCGUUGAAGAGAACAUUGAGACUUGCUUAAAGUAUCUUAAGCGCAUGGCUCCUAUGGGCUGUUUGCUUGAAAUGGAAAUUGGUAUUACCGGUGGUGAAGAAGAUGGUGUUGAUAACACCGGCGUCGAUAACGCCGCUCUCUAUACUCAACCUGAAGACAUUUGGGAAAUCUAUCGUCGCUUCUCAGAAGUCACCGAUUUGUUCUCAAUUGCCGCUGCUUUCGGUAAUGUACACGGUGUUUAUGCUCCUGGCAAUGUCAAGUUACAUCCCGAACUCCUUGGUAAGCACCAAGCUCAUGUCAAAGAACAACUCAACACAGAUAAGGAAAAUCCUGUCUACUUUGUCUUCCACGGUGGAUCCGGUUCUAGCCGUGAAGAAAUCGAUACUGCUCUCAAAUAUGGUGUCAUCAAGAUGAACGUUGACACUGACACACAAUGGGCUUACUGGAAGGGACUCAAGGAAUUCUAUGAAAAGAACAAGGACUACCUUCAAUCACAAGUUGGUAACCCUGAAGGCCCCAACAAGCCCAACAAGAAGUACUAUGAUCCUCGUGUCUUCAUUCGUUCUGCCGAGCAAACAAUGAUUGACAGAAUCGUUGAAGCUUUGGACUGGUUGAAUAAUAAGAAUGUCUUGUAA